CGCACUUCCACGUCGUUCCCCGCCCAUCGUCGCCGUCUCCUUUCCCGGAGACCUCAUGGGCUGGUUGAUUGUCACCAUCGGGACACAUCCACGAAGAACGACAUGCUCAUCGCAUCUGGGGCGAACGGAAUCUAUGAGUGAAGUCUGAACGGCGUGAGAUGGAGUUCCCCCGCCUUCGGCACCUAUCCCCCAUUAUAAUCCACGGGUCCGGUGAGACCUAUGGGCGAUCAGGAACGCUAUCCUACCUCCCCAAAGGCAAGAAUAUGAGGGGAAGUAUGGAUGAAUCGAGUGCACGACUGAUCGCUUCGGAAAGCUUUGUAGUACUGGCGAAAUGCGUCGGCGCGCGCUGCAUCCAAGUAUACGCUACGAUAUGGUCGUUUUACUCAUGUGGCGUCGUUUUUGCAUAAUAGAUGUCCUAUAACCCACCAGUACGCUUCCAGACCCUCCGCACUCCUCC